GUGGUAAGAGGUGCGACAAGAUGGAGCAAUCAAGUGCGUUGGUCAAAACGUCUCACGCCACACGCCAACACGGCCAGCAGCUGACGCAGCCACAGGCCAGCCACAGCACCCCGCAUCUCUGCCCGUGUAGGAUUGUGGCCAGCCUACAAGUGCGUUGUCUGCUGGCCGUGUAGGCGUGUGGCGUCUACAGGUGCGACACACCACAACGUGUAUAUGUGCCCUGUUGUUCGCCGACAAACGUCAAAACAUCUCAACCAAGACCGCUUCACUGGGAAGCACAUCGCGUGCACGUCCGUCCGUCCGUCCGUCCGUCCGUCAAGGGCCGAGACCGAUUGCCAUCCGUGCCCCUCCCCCAUCUCACUCACUUCCCACACAGACACGCACACACGGUCCCGCCCCGCAGGCCACACUACACCACACUACAGCACACAGCAUUCCUGUCCUUGACUUUCCUCCAGCUUUCCUCCUCUACAGAACUGACCUUAUUCACCUUAACACCAUCACCAUCACCACUACCAAACAACGCAGGCAGGUCCCGUACUUCCUACACACAGCCAUCCAUCCACCCGGUCCCAUCCCAUCCCUGUAAUCGUCAAUAUAUCGACGACUCUGACUGACCUGACUCCUUCCUUUCUUUCAACACUGAGAGCCUCGAUACAGUCGAUACAGACAGACUGACACUUACACACCAGACACCACUUCCUCCCUCCAACAAAACCCAGCCGGUGUGCAGUGCAUCAUGGGUCCGUCCGUCCGUUCAGUCAGUCAGUCAGUCACCUCAUCCCUGCCCCUCCUUGUCCAUCGCCCUGGCCAUCCCAGCCGUGAAAGAUGAAGACCUCGCUUGGCUGGCAGCCGGCCGCCGAACCACCUCCGCAUCCCUCGACCCCUCUGCCUGGUCGCCGCGCAGCAGACUCUCCGCCGCCCUCCAGCCAGUCUUGAAGCGAGACGCUGGCAAUGGGGCACUCACCGACCGAAUGACCCGUUUCGCUGCCGGCACACAUGGAGGCGGGCUGUCAGCUGUGGUGGCGUUGGACUCAUGAGCCCCUCGUGGCGAGGGCCGCGACUCAGUCGGCGCGCCGUUCUCUGCAGAUACGUUGUUGCCCUCCUGCAAGGGGCUCUCGGUCUCGGCGGUCUCUGCGAGAGGGGGCAUGAGGGGGGCCGUCAUGCCGAGAGGGUGGAGGUGGUGAAUGGGUGUGGAGGGGUCGAAGGAUGGAAAUUGGGGUGUCUCUGCUGGAACGGGGACGAUCUUGCUGCCGGUGUUGCGGUGCCGCAUGUGGCGGAGGGGCUGCACGCGGUGUGUGGCCGCGAUCUGCUUCCGCCACCUCAGCACCUUGGCGACAGUCAUGCGCUCCACUUGGCCGGCCUCGGACAUGCGAAUCAACCUGAAAAUGGCGAGCGAAUGGACAAUUGAAGAGUGGUCACUCAGAGGCAGUGAGCGGUCCGGUGUGUCGGCCUUCUCACUUUUUGCAGGCCAUGACGCGAAGCUGGGCGAAGAUGAUCGAUGCACAGCUCAGACCUGCCACACCACAAACAAAUGAAAUGAGGGAGGGCAAUGCAAUGCCUCCUUCGCUUCGACAUCACAGCACCCACCAAGCACCCGUCCGCUCCCUCCCUGUUGGCUUCGCUCACCGAUGCAGAUCAUGAGCAGGACAGGCACGAACGAGAAGGUUUGGUUGUCCAACAUCCCAUGGUGCACCGUCAAGGCCAGCAGCGCCACCACCACCAUCAGCACACCGGCGCAUACGCACCGGUAGAUGCGCAUCUUCCGGAGCAGCAGCUUCGGGGCCGUGGGGGAGAGCAGGCCGUCCGUCUCAUACUCGUCCAUCUGCUCCUCCCAUGCGUUAACUGGAGGGUGGCCGUGCUGCCCAUGCGCAUGCGCGGCGUGGUCGUUGUCACUGUUGGGUGGGGCCUCGCCAUUACCCACGUCGUCCCCUGAUCGUGGGGCCUCCGCUGCUGGCUCCGCUUCGUCUUUCGCCGUGAGCAAGAAGGCGAUAGGCUUAACGCCUGGAUGGACGGAUGGAUGGACACCCACAAUGCGUCCGUCUCAUGACAGAACCAAGACUGGCUGUGUCUCGUGUGUGCCGUACCAAUGUAGUGGUUGAGGAGGUCCACCACGACGUCCUCGUCACGCGAGAAGCUUAUGAUGCUAAAGAAAGUGCCGCUAACGGGGUCCUCUGCGGCCUGCCCUGACUGGUGUAGCGCCACGCCCUCAGAGAUCAGAUCCACCUGCCACCGGUACUUGAGAGGGUAAAAAAGCUUGAUCAGCGUCGAAGCCAGCGCAAAGACGGUGGGCAGAAUCACCGUCACCACCAACAGAUACACCCGCACCUCGGGCGGCUGCUCCUGAAAGAUGCCGUCGCGGGGCGGCCGGUGGCCGACGAGGUUGAGCAGAGCCAGGGGGAUGGCCGCUGCUGGGAUGGCACAGAUCUUGGGAAGGAAAGACCUGAACAUCAUGUAGGACGCCUCUCUCCGUGUCGCAGAUAGAAACUCGUCGUAGUCGAUGAUGUCGGCCAGCACGGCCUCGGCAAGGAACUUGGCGCCUGCACCACACACAGCAAACACACGGACGACUGAAUGGGGCGAUGGCUGGAUGGCUGGAUGGCUGGAUGGAUUGACUGACCGAGUGGCAGUCCGUUGAUGAAGGCGAGUGCGAUCAUGGGGUAGACGUCGCCCCGGUCGAGGAAGCUGAAACACACGUUGGUCACGGCCGACGUAAACGAGUACAGCACCCACGUGUUGUACUUGCCUGCACACAACACAGUAGCACAGACCCAUGACGGACAGACAGACAGCUGGAAUGACUGCACUUAGUGAUGGCGACUGAGUCGCACCGACCGACCGAUAUAUUUCGACAAGAGGAGCCAGAGUGGUGUGGCGGAGAAAGCGGCCACCAGGACGGCGGUGACUCCAGCGGCCAGCACGUGGUCCGACCGACAUCUCCAUGAGUUAGAGGCCGUGCCCUCGAUGGGCACACCCCUGUUGCAGUCGAUGCCGCCAUCCUCCUCGGUCUGGUACUCGGGCUGAAUCACAUAACGCACCUGCAUCGCCACACCGCACCGCAUCCACACACAGACCAACCAACCAACGAACGAUGCAUGUCAUGUGCAUCUUCCUUCCAUGGUGUGUGUAUGGUGCACUGCACGUGGUCAAGCUUACGUAGUAGCUCAUCAUGGAGGUCAGGAUCCCCGCCACAACGGCAUCACAGGCCCACGCCGGCAGCUGGGUCAAGAACGGCUUGUUAGUGAGGGUGGAGAGCAGCGUCGGCAGCAGAGAACGGCUGAAAGGCCGCUCUAUCCGCUCAUCGCCGCCAUCACCAAGGUGCUCCCCUGCUUCUGCUUCACCAGCCCUCCCGGUCUCGUCGCCGUUUUGCCCUUUGCAUUGGGUUUUCCGCCGAUAUCGGUAAAUCGUGGCCAUCCUCGCCCGCAGGAAAGGCAGAGCGCUCUUGCGCAUCGACCAGCGCUGUGUGGGGAGGCUGGGCGGCGGGGGCUGCUUGUUUUCGACGCGCUGGAACCUCUUCCAGAGAGGGGAGUCAGUUGACAUGCCGCUGAUGCCUGUCGACAAGGGGGCAAUGCUGCUGGUGGCUUCCUGUGCGGACGGAGGGAGAGGUGCGGGUGUUGCUGCUGGCGGGGGAUCGUUGGCAAGGGCCGUUGGCUGUGGUGGUUGUGGUACUGUCGUGUCGUUGUGUUGGUUCUGCUGUUGCUUGGCGAGCUGUCGUUGUCUCUGCACCUGGGCCCGUUCCUUGAUCUGUAUGCAUGCGUUGAUGAUGGUGGCCACAUACCAGGCCCCAAAGAAGACGCCCACAAAGGUGAAGGCCGUCCGCUGGUGCUGCAGCGUGCACCACACACCACACCUGACACACACACACACACACACACACACACACAUCCACACAGAAGAGAGGUGUGAGGCGCGGCACACAGCACAGCCCACAGGCAUUGAUGCGACUGUGAGAAAGCCUACCUUUCCAGGCAGGUGCAGUAGCAGUCCAGGCCGUCCACACAGUCGAGGGAAUCCCCGUCAGGCGCAUCAGGCCUGGUCAGGAGAGGCAGGCAGAGAGGGGGACAAGGAAGGGAUCAGAGGGUGCAUGAGCGAACUGGUGCCACACCUGAUUGAUUGAUGCGUUUGUGCGUACCGUGUGCUGCACUGCCCGGUGAAGUUGGAUUCAAACAGCCGCAACGGAUCCGUUAGGUUGUAGCUGCACAUCACACACACACACACACACACACACAUCUAGCGGCUGUGGUUCGGCGCGGCAAUGCCAGGCAGGCCAGCCUCUACCAUCGCGCAUCGCACCUGUCCGGUUCGCCUGUGGAUGGGUUGAUCCUGCAGGACCUGCCCCACCUCUCGCCCAGCUCGUUGAUAUCGUUGGAGAAGCAUUUGAGGUGGGGGUCCUCACACUCAGUCCACCAACCUAUUACCGUUGCAAGCAACACUGCACACACACACGCACACACACACACCAACAAAAACAACACACACGCAGAGAGAAUGGGCGCGGCGCGGCGCCCGUGGUGUGUGGUGUAUGGCUGCUGACGGACUGACUGACUGACCAGGGCAGAGCACCGCCACCAGCGAGCCGAACCCGUCAAACAGCCCCGACACAAAGAACAGCCGCGAGCGGUCCUCAUAGUUGUCCGUCAGCUCGGGGCCCAGGGCGUCAUAGGGAAUGUUUGAGAAGGUGUUGGCGAGGUAGAAGAAAAAGUAGAAAAACCCAAACCACAGCGACAGACUCCGUUCGCUCACCAACACAGGGUUGGGCGGGCUGAGCAGCAGCGUCAGCAGCACCGCAUAAGGGAAACACCCGAUGAUCAUAAAGGGCUUUCUUCUCCCGAAGGGGCUGCUGAAGGUGUCUGUGAGGUAGCUCAUGCCGGGGUCGCUGAGGACGUCGAAGCACCGGGCGAGAGCGAUGAAGAACGACAUGUAGGCCAGGGAGGCGCCGAGCAUCUCGUAGAACUGGUUGGCGUAGGCCGCCAGCAGCAGGGUGAUGGGGAGGGUGGAGAACGUGGGAGCCGCGAAGGAGACCUUGAUGCGCAGCGGGAGGAUGCCCUCGUCCAACACGGGGGUCUCCGGCCUGAUUGAUCAGAUGAUUCAUCAAGUACAGCAACCAACCAGCCACACACCAGCGACACACCAACCAGACACCGACAGACAGCAAGCAUGAGAUCUCAUCCUGGUUGCUGUCAGUCCUUAUUGGCUCACAGGUGUGUGUAUGAGUGCCGCCUUCUCUCAGCGAUAUGGUCAGACACAAGAGAUUUCUCGCGCGUGAGCGACCGCCGUGUGGCUGACCUCACCGUCACCGCGUGGCCAUCCUGUCUGGCCUGCGGCUGGCUGUGAGGGCUGUGGGAGCCGUCAACGUGGCCAUCCAUGGGAGCCACCGAUGAUUUGGGCGAGGAAUCGGUGUGGGAGGGCAGCGAAGUCAUGGGGGUGACGGGUGGGGGGAGGGGUGAACGAGAUGAUCAAGGCAAGGAACCAGAAACCAUUUCUCGCGGAAGAAGGGAACGACAG